AUGUUCGUGAACGAAAUCCACCUGAGAGUGUUAUGCGUGAAUGAUCAUAUUUCUUCCCAGGUCCAUGCUGUUGUAAACAAUCUGCCACCGCAGAAAUGCUUCAACAAGCAAGAUGUACCCUGUGGCCCUGGGUAUGCAUCGUUGGGCCAUGUACAUGGUCGACACAACUACCAGCCACUGUGGCUACCACCACAACAGCAAUUAACGUCCAACAGUGCAUUUGGAACUCAUGAGGCACCCAUGGCAUGCUUCAACAAUUUCAAUGGAGGCAGCUACCUUGGGUAUGAGUCACAGCAACUUUCUGCUCCUAACUCAUUUGCCUAUGGCGCAUACACAUGCUAUGGCAACUACCAACAGCAGUGGCAACAGCCUACCCCUACCCUGGGGCUGCCUAUUGGUGCAUCUUGGCAGCAUCCACCUCCUCUCGGUGCAGCGUCAGCCAACACCUCCUCUGAUGCAGCGUCAGCCAACACCUCGUGA